UUGUCGGUAUAUUGAAAAAAAGUGUGGUUCUUGAUAAGCCGGCUAAAAACAACAUUAUUAUUACCGACCAACUAGUAUGAUAAAAAGGUGAAGCUCACUAAUUAGGUCAGUAUUCGGGUCGAGAUGGCGCGAGCACUGUGGGCUCUGUUAAUUUUUCAAGUAUUUAUUCAUGCCGAGGGCUUCUUCCACCGGUAUCCGAAAUUGAACCUCGGCGAGCGCGAUGGAGGUGAUGCAGGCAGGCCUCUGUUCCUCACCCCGUACGUCGAGAGCGGGAAAAUUGAAGAAGGGAGACGUCUGGCUCGCGUGCCCUUCACGGAGAGUCUUCGUAUCAAGAGUUACUCCGGAUAUUUCACCGUGAACAAGCAAUACAAUUCCAACCAAUUUUUCUGGUACUUCCCUGCGAUGGUUCCCAAUAAUACGAACGCCCCCGUUAUAGUGUGGCUGCAGGGAGGUCCUGGUGCUACUUCUUUGUACGGUCUGUUCACGGAGAAUGGGCCUAUUAGAGUACGUCGCAAUAAAUUCGAGAGAAGGAAGUAUAACUGGGCUGUGAGUCACCAUAUAAUCUACAUCGACAACCCUGUGGGUACUGGGUUUAGCUUCACAAAUGACACCCGAGGGUACUGCACGGAUGAGACACAGGUUGGUGAGCAAUUGUACUCCACACUCAUACAGUUCUUCCAGCUGUUCCCGGAACUGCAGCAGAACAAAUUCUUUGUGACUGGUGAGUCUUAUGGAGGGAAGUAUGUUCCUGCCCUCGCAUACACUAUUCAUAAAAAGAAUCCAACAGCCAAGCUGAAGAUAAACAUGAAGGGAAUUGCUAUUGGCAAUGGUCUGAGUGAUCCAGAACAUCAACUGGUGUAUGGAAAAUAUUUGUACCAAAUAGGCCUCAUAGACUCAAAUGGAGCCAAACUAUUUGAAGAAUAUGAAAAUAAAACUAAAAACUUUAUCAGACAAGGAAAAUGGGAUGAUGCGUUCGCCACAUUUGAUACUCUGUUGAAUGGUGACAUGAUUGAUGGUAAGAGCAUAUUCACAAACCUGACCGGCUUCAAUUUCUAUUUUAACUUCUUACAUACAAAGGACUACACUCAGUUUGAAGAUUUUGGGCCCAUGUUGCAGAAGUCUGCAGUUAGAAAAAUGAUCCAUGUUGGAGACUUGCCUUUCCACAAUGGCACUGAAGUUGAAAAACAUCUGAAGCAGGAUGUUAUGAAGUCAGUAGCUCCAUGGAUAUCAGAGCUGUUGGACCAUUACUAUGUGGUCAUUUACAAUGGUCAGCUAGACAUCAUUGUGGCUUACCCUUUAACUGAGAACUACCUUAAAAACUUAAACUUCACUGGAGCUGAAGAUUAUAAGACUGCUAAAAGGUAUGUUUGGAAAGUGGAUGGAGAAGUUGCUGGGUAUGUGAAGCAAGCUGGUAAAUUAGUGGAGAUUCUGGUGAGGAAUGCAGGACACAUGGUGCCCGGAGACCAGCCCAAAUGGGCACUAGAUCUGAUCACUCAUUUUACUCAUGAGAAAAUGUUUUAUAAUCCUAAAAAGGCUGUGCACUUCGGAAUAAAUUGAUGAAUAAGGUAUAUUAUGGGUAUCCAUGAUGCAUGGGAACCUAAAGUAUAUAAUGUGCAAAGUAAUGUAAAAAUAAAAAAUAAACAUAUCCACCAUGAUUGAAUUAGUUCCCACAAGUAAUUCAAUCCGUACUUGCUCAAGUUACAUGCAUCAUGUUUUAGUAUAGACUUUAUCAGUUUUGUUACUAUGGUGAGAGAUUUUUAUAAUAUGUUAGUUAUGUAGAACUUAAGUUAAGCAUAUUGUAUUACUUUUUUGUACUUCAUUAGUAAACUUAUUACUUUAUUUUGUCAUUGAUUAUGUUAAAAUUGGCCUGUUAUCCAAAAUAGAAACUGUAUACAUAUUUAAAGUAGGUUUUCGCAGGUACUUAUUUGCAUAUGUGUAAACAAUGAUUCAUGCUAUUAUUAUCAACUGUUAUUACUGAACACGAUUUACUAGGAAAACUACAAUAAUGUUACAUGUUUUUGUAUAAUUUAAAUAACAUCACAACAAUGUGUAAUUUAUAGGAUAUGUAGAGAAUGGAGCUGUCAGAAAUUGUAACUUUAUUGUAGCUUUGACAAUAUCUUCAUGAAACUAUGUAACUUGUUGAAUGGAGUAUUUUGUUUCAGUGAUCUUUUACAUAAUAUGAUUGUGUAGGGCACCUAGGUUUCCCGAAAGAACUCGAAUGUUAUUGCAGUUUUUAAAACUAAUAUAUUACUCAGGUGCUAUUAAGUUUGUUACCAUGUUUUUUAAAAAGAAUAAAUAUUUUAUAAUAAGAAGCAGUUUGUUUAAUUUAUUUUGUUAGGAUGACUCUGUAAGGACGUGACCUUGAUUGACCAUGGUCAUUUUGGACGUUAGGUAGGUAUUUAC